CAAGAAGCACCCAGCAACCAGCUCUGGAUUUUCAAUGCAAUUUUCCAGCUCUUUCCGGAAGGUCCUGGAAACAGCAAAGCGAACGGGUCGAAGUGAAAAGAAGGGGAACACGAUAUCAAUCUUUAUAUUCGACGACGAUACAAUGGUGCUGGGGCGAGGGGGAAGAAAAGGAGUUCAGCUGAAAGGCAAUAGAUAAAAAAAUAUUUUGCAUUUCUGAGGUUAUUUGGGGCCUCAGAAUAACUGUAGGGCUUGCUCAUCUGGGAGUGUAAUUAUAGGGCCAAGUCAGAAAGCCCACGCUGCCCCACCGUCCAACUGCACUCGGGUUUGUGGGGCACGUAUGUGUGCCAGGGCUUCUGGGCGAUCACCGAGGAAUUCUGCCCUUUCUGGGAAGCGCCGGAGACUCGACUGAAUUAACCUACUUGGAGUGCACUGUACCACGCCUGUUCAGGGUGUCCCAUUUACACUAUGCGCCAUUUCUGUCCAGUGUCUGUGACCUUUUGUGUGUGUGCGCGUUAACCUUCCGAUUGCACAAACCCUGGAUACCGUCCAACGCAACAAUCAACAACAGCAAGUCAACGGCAGGUGCUACGGCAACGGCUGAGAAUACUUGACUACAGGUCUAACAUUCACAGUGCAGAUAACGCUGGUGACGAUAUCACAACAUAGCAUAACAGCAGAAGUGCCCGGGACCCAUCAUAUCAAAGAGGUGGUCGCAAGCAAAUUGUUUCUCCUUGCAGUUCGGAUCCGGGUUCAACACCCCACCUUGUCCGACGAGAGAUCUGUGGGGCACAGACAGAUCGAGUCACAGGGAGCCCAUUGUGUCCCUCGCCUGCAGUCAUCAUUGCCAUGAGUUGCAUUCUGCAUGGGCAAACAAGUCGCAUUUCCGCCCCAACCAGUGGGACCAGAAUUGUGAGCUUCGGGUUAAACUCAGAGCUCGAGAGACACUGAUCGCCACGCGCAAACCAAAUACCUCCCCGGCUCAUCUCGGCACCUCAGGAGCAUCAGCCUCUCUAGAACGGUCAGAAGUGCUCGCAACAUGCUCUGGGCCCGCUGGACUCCGCACAGCUUUCAGAGGGACUGCGGCACGUCGAGGCAGAGUUGCUCUGGUUUCCACUGAAGACUUCAGUAACUGACUGAAGAUGAUGACAGCAUGGUGUGACUCACUGGAACCCAACAGCUGCCAACUGCCUGGGUGAAGAUAAUUCCUUCCAAGAAUCCAUCUGCCCCAAAUGAGGGACGGAUACGAUGGAACUCCAUUUCGAUCAUUGCGCAAGUAGCUGGUGUUCCCCAACAAACGCAUUCUGCUGGACCUGACGGAGAAGGGAGGAGCAGAGUUGGAAGGACUGCAGAAUAAACAUGAACUUGAGAAGGAUUAGGAAGCGCCAAUUGAUGCAUCUGAUGACGACGUGCUUCAUCCUUUCGGUGGUGAUGGUCUACUGGGAGCAGCUGGACAACAACAUCGUGAGUUACAUGAAGUCAUUUUCGUACCGCUACCUAUUCAACAGCUACAACUUCCUCAACACGAGCUUCACUGUUAGCCGCGAGGAGGCGGAGCGCUUCGGCAGCCGUCACUACCUCAUCAACCACAAGCGCAAGUGCACCGACGUGGACGUGCUGCUGCUGCUCCUGGUCAAAUCGUCCCCGGAGAAUGUGGAGCGGCGAGCGGGCAUCCGUUCCACCUGGGGGAACGAGACCUACGCUUUCCAUGAGCUGGGGGUCCACAUUAGGGUGCUCUUCAUGCUGGGCGAGUCCGGCCACUCCCAGGUUGAGCAGGACCUCAUGCAAGAGGACUGGUGCCAUGGAGACCUCAUCCAGCAGGACUUUUUGGACACGUUCCACAACCUCACGGUCAAGCUGCUCAUGCAGUUCCGUUGGGCACAUGCCUACUGCGCUCACGCCCGCUUCUUCAUGUCUGUAGACGACGACGUCUUUGUGCACAUCCCCAACCUGGUGCACUAUCUGCAGGAAAUGGCCAGCAAGAAUGUGCAGGACUUCUGGAUCGGCCACGUGCACAAGGGGUCUCCGCCUAUCCGUCGCAAAGACAGCAAGUACUACGUUCCGUACGAGAUGUACCAGUGGUCCUCUUACCCAGACUACACGGCGGGUGCCGGCUACGUGGUCUCCAGGAACGUAGUCGCCAAGAUCUACCAGGCAUCUCUGACUCUCAACGCCACGCUCUACAUAGAUGACGUCUUCAUGGGGAUUUGCGCCAACGUGAUGGGGGUCUCCCCCCAAGAACACAUUUACUUCACUGGAGGAGAAAAAGUCCCAUACCACAUAUGCGUCUACGACAAGAUGAUGACCUCUCACGGACACGUGAAAGACAUGCAUUAUUUGUGGAAGGAGGCCACGAGCCCCCAGGUCAAGCAGACUACAUCGUGGUUCUUGGGCAGGCUCUACUGCACCAUGGUGAAAAUAAAGCUCUUCUGUAUGCCAAACCCCUUCACCACUUACCCCUGCAAGGCGGCCUUUUUAUAGUGCAGAAGCAAGCUAGCUAUGGCGUUUUUCCCAUUAAGUUUUGUCUGAGCAUCCUGAAGGCCUAAGUUAAAAGAAAGCACUCGUACUCGAUGUUUACCUACCUACUCAAUGCUCCGUUCCACGGAGUCAAAAAAUACUUGACUUCUUUUGUAUUUUAUUGGUUGCACUGGGAGACAUAAAUAAAGAAUGUCUGCUUGUUCGAUAAA